AUCCAUCUGUCCUACUGCUGGUGUGUCAAGACACUGAACAGCACAGACCUGACAUACACUUCUUCCACUGUGACGAGGUCGAGGCAGAGAUGGUCUAUGCAGACAUCGACAGUGCCCUGGGUGACAACAAACAUGGGAAGAAGAUGCGACCACAGACCUUGAAGGUGAACCAGGAGAAGAUGAAGCGCCACAGAGAGACUAUCAUCCCCCCCUCCUCGGCCCCUAAGGGCCCGACCCCAGGGGGCCGCGUGGCUGCCAUGAACAUGCAGGAUGUGGAAAGACGAGGCUCCGCCCAGCAGGACCCAGAGUCCCAUGAAAAGCUGGCCCAGCGUAUUGAGAAGGACGUGCAAAUCCUGAACUGUUCCCUGGAUGACAUUGAGAUCUUUGUGGCUCGGCUGCAGAAGGCUGCGGAGGCGUUCUCUCAGCUCAACCAGCGCAACAAGAGUAAGAAGAGUAAGAAGAAAGGCCCAGCAGACGGCAUGCUGACCCUGAGAGCGAAGCCCCCCUCCGAGGCAGAGUUCAUUGAUAGCCUACAGAAACUGAAGCUGGCCUUCAACCUGCUGGCCAAACUGAAGAAGCACAUCCAGAACCCCAGUGCUUCUGAGCUGGUGCACUUCCUGUUUGGCCCCCUGGAGUUGGUUCUCCAGUCCUGUGGUAGUCCAGAGCUACCCCGCUCGGUGGUCUCCCCUCACCUGUCGAGAGAUGCAGUAGACUUCCUGAGAGGUCACCUGUCGCCUAAAGAGAUGACCAUCUAUGAACUGCUGGGAGACGGGUGGACACGACCUAGAGCGGACUGGCCGCGGGACCAGUGUGCUCCUACAUACUUCCCUAAAUUCAGGAAUGGGUGGGAGCCCCCAGCCGAGCUGUUCAGGACCUCCCCGUGGGAGACAGAGGGAUCAGGGGAACCUCCCAGGUCCCCCAUAUCCAACCUCCUGUCCCCCUACAAGUCAGACGAGAUUUUUGGAACCCAGUCUUUAAACUCAUCGAAUGGGUCCAACAAUGGGCUGACCUCCUCGUCCCGUAAAUAUGCCAAGAUCCGCUACCACUUUGUGGCCCGCAAUGCCAACGAACUGUCAGUACUGCAGGACGAGGUGCUAGAGGUGAUAGAGGACGAUAAACAGUGGUGGAAACUGAGGAACAGGAGUGGCCAAUCAGGAUACGUCCCCUACAACAUCCUGGAUGUGGUCAAACUAGAGGAACCACACGGCAUGGCUGAACCUCUCUAUAGCCAGCCCUACAGCCCUACCUCUCCCUCCAGCUCUCUAGGUAGAGGGGAGAGCUUUGACAUGGGCCGCUUCAAAGAAUCUCGGACACACCAGAUGGAUGAGGUGAAUGAUGAGUUGUUGAAGAGGAUCACUACUAAUAAGUCCAAUCCUCCGGGCCGUAACUUCAGGGUAGAGCGCCCCUCAGACAGCAGCUCCUCUCCUCCUCUCACCUUAGACUCCAGCCCACCGCAGGUCACCGCCUGGCUCAAUGCCAAGGGAUUCUCUAAACCGACGGUGGAGUGCCUGGGGAACCUGACGGGCGCUCAGCUCUUCUCUCUGAACAAGGAGGAACUGAAGGCAGUGUGUGGAGACGAGGGAGCCAGGGUGUACAGCCAGACCACCGUGCAGAAAGCCCAGCUCGAGAAGAACAAUGGGAAUUCAGAGCUCCAAGAGAUUAUGAGACGACGACAAGAGAAGAUCGAUGCCGGCAAGGACUAAUCUGAGCAUGCUCAAUGACUGUCAACCAAUCACAGCUCAGCAUGGCUGGUCACCAUAGCAACCCUCUCCAGUAGCAACCAACCAGAAGCCUUCCCCUCCCACAGUGCCCACCCUUUCACCAACUUCUUUUUAUCAGACAAUCGACAGUUAACAUUGGCAUUUAAUAUAAAUGUUAUAUACAUUUUUUUAAUUAUAUAUUUAUUUUUCAUCUUAGUGAAUGUGUAUGUUUACCUUUUUCUUCAAUGAUGUUCUCUGGUAAUUAUGACUGUUGCUUUUUGAUUCUUUGCCUGACAAUGUUUCUAUCUUUGUAUAGUGGUGAAGGACCAUAUUAAUAUAGAGGUGUAGUGGUGAGAGAGAUAGUUUGUGCAUCUGUGUGUGUGUGACUGACGGCUGUGUGUGACUGACGGCUGUGUGUGACUGACGGCUGCUGUGUGUGACUGACGGCUGUAUGUGACUGACGGCUGCUGUGUGUGACUGACGGCUGCUGUGUGUGACUGACGGCUGUGUGUGACUGACGGCUGUAUGUGACUGACGGCUGCUGUGUGUGACUGACGGCUGCUGUAUGUGACUGACGGCUGCUGUGUGUGACUGACGGCUGUAUGUGACUGACGGCUGUAUGUGACUGACGGCUGCUGUGUGUGACUGACGGCUGUAUGUGACUGACGGCUGUAUGUGACUGACGGCUGUAUGUGUGUCCUAUUUCCAGGGAAUUCUUGAAGAAAUGUUUUUUGGUGAAAUCAAAUCCAUAAGGUCCUCAAAAGUACAUUUUCAAAUUGGAUGUUAUUGUUCACAUAUCUGAUUAUACUCCAAUGUAUUAAUGUUAUAAUGUUUACUGAAUAAUGCUACAUUAUAGUUCUGAGCAGUCUGUUUUCUAUUCUCAUAUCCAGUCACACUGUCCAUAUUGCAAAAUAUCCUCCAACUAUUACUAAAUACAGUUCUGUAAUUCAUUUGACCUAUCCUCCAACUAUUGCAUCCCUGUGCCACUGUCUAUAUGAAGUAUGCUUUACGUUUACAAUUGUCAUCCAAUCAUAUUUCUGUUCUGUGUAGACGUGUUUAUUCCUUCAAUAAUAAACGCAAGUUCGGGAUUCAA